AUGUCCCCAUCACCGCAGCGACCGCUCAGCCUUCCGAAGGUGAUCUUCUUCGAUACGUUCGGGACCAUCUACAACUGGCGCACACCGGUCGUCAGGUCGUUGAUGGAUGCGACGAACGCUGCACUGAGCGAUCCCAACAAGAACCUUUCUGAAGAAUUACGAGAGGCAGCCUCCGCGCUCACGAACGACGACUGGCACGCUUUCGCGGAGGAGUGGCGGAAAAGCUACUACCGAUUCACCCGGAAUUUCCAUUCGACAGGCACAUUUGUCUCUAUAGACCAACACCAUUAUGACUCUCUGGUAGAGUUGCUGAAGAAAUGGCGCCUUGAGGGAUUGUUUACCGACGAUGAAAUCCGGGAGCUGUCACUCUGCUGGCAUCGGCUGGAUCCGUGGCCUGACAGCGUCCAAGGUCUGGAGCAAUUGAGCCAGAACUUCCGGACAUGCACUCUCUCAAACGGCAACGUUGCCCUAUUAGAAGAUCUCUGUCAUCGAAAGAGCCCUAUACCCAUCACCGAUAUUGUCAGCGCGGAGCAAUUUGGCGCUUACAAGCCGUCGCCGGUGGUCUACAAUGGCGCGGCCCGCAGAUUCGGCGUGAAACCCCAGGAAUGCGCUCUUGUGGCGGCGCAUUUGAGCGACUUGAAGGCCGCCAAAGGAUGCGGCUUCCAGACUGUGUACGUCGAGCGACCACAGGAAGAAGGUUUCACGACAGAGCAGAUUGUCAAAACAAAGAAAGACGGCUCUGUGGAUAUGUGGGACGCCCAAGUCUACAAACACGCCGACACCGACGGGCACUUCCGCCGCAAAGACUCCUCAUUCCGCUCAUGGAUCUCUCGCUCCCCCUCCGCCGAAUUCCCACCGGAAAAGGACCGCUACGUCCUCUACAUCAACUGGGGCUGUCCAUGGGCUCAUCGCGCCAACCUCGUCCGAUCACUCAAGGGCCUCGAAUCCAUCAUCCAAGUCGCCAUUCUCGACUUCGACCUCGGACCCGACGGCUGGUUCUUCUCCGGCCGUCAUGGCACAGAUGAAAAAGACCCCUUAUACGGAUUCAAGUAUCUGAAAGAUCUCUACUUGAAAGCCAACCCUAAUUACUCCGGUCGCUACACCGUUCCCAUGCUAUGGGACAAGAAGAAAGAAACGAUCGUGAAUAACGAAAGCAGCGAGAUAAUUCGGAUGUUCUAUACCGAAUUCGACGAUUUACUCCCUUCCGAGUAUCAAGAACUCAACCAUCCCGGAGGGGGUUUCUACCCCGAACAUCUACGGGGGGAAAUCGACGCGAUGAACGAAUGGGUGUAUCAUCGGAUUAAUAAUGGCGUGUACAAGACGGGUUUUGCAACGACGCAAGAAGCGUAUGAUUCGAACGUCUACCCGCUCUUUGAAGCGCUGGAUAAGAUCGAAGCUCAUCUGGGACAACCGGGUCAUCAACCGUUUCUGUUCGGAGAACAUAUCACGGAAGCGGAUAUCAGGUUGUAUCCCACUAUUGCGAGGUUCGAUGUGGCGUAUUAUGUGAUUUUUAAGUGUAAUUUGAAGAUGAUCAGGCAUGAUUAUCCGAGGAUUCAUGAGUGGUAUCGCAGGUUAUAUUGGGAUGAGUCCGAGGAGACGAGGGGUGGGGUGUUUAAGAAGACGACGUAUUUUGAUCUGUAUAAAUUCGGCUAUCUCAGGGCUAUAGGCAGACGCGCGGGCACAGACGAGGUCGUUGUGCCGGCGGGACCGUAUCCUGAUAUUCAUCCGUUAUAA